AUGGCGCCGCAGCAUCGCGCCACGCGGAAGCUCCGCGACGCGCUAUCGGCGCGCAUUGAGGCGUACGAGGCGGACAAGAUGGGUCGCCAGGCCGACAUGGCUCGGCGCGCUGCAAUGGAGCAGAGAGCCGCCAAGAACGGCCGGCUAGCCAGCAACAUUAGCGGGGACAACGGUUACAUUGGCUAUGAUCGUGGUGAUAGUUCAUCAGGCUUCGGGAAUAGUUUCUCUGGCUUCCGCAAUGCACGUCCUGCUUCAAACGGGGGUUCGCGAUCCCCCCGGAAAAUCGAGGAAAUCCUGCCGUGCGUUCCCGAGGACGCUCCAAUCUCACCGUCGGAUUCAGAUGACUCGCUAGCAGCGCGCGAGGAAAAACUCCCGUUUCAAGGGCUCAGACGACGGCCUGUGGGACCCACCCCUAGUAGCACAUCCCGCAUUGUCACAUUUGACCCUGCUCUUAGUACCGACCGAGCCGCCUCUUCGUCUUCCUCCUCCUCCUCCUCUUCCUCCGCCGUCUCCUCGUCCUAUGGAGGAGCAUCGCUCGGGAUGCGCACAUGGGCGCAGAUAUCGGCGCGCUUGGCCUGGUUACUCUUCUGCCUCGUCUCCCACGCCAGUCACGUGGCAAAUGACUUCACCCUCCUCCUAGGCUUUUUCCUCACCGGGCAGGUGCUCACGCUGCCCGGCGCCGGCGCGUCGACGUCGCAGCACCUUCACCUGCCCGUUUUUGGCGCGACGAACGUGCACAUCGGGCCGGCGAAGGGUAACACGUCUGCGAAGUUUAUUCGCCCGGGCGUGAAGGGCGGCAUCAGCAUCAGCCGCAUGUGCAAGAACUGCGCCUCGUUCGUCAUGUACGCGGGAUGGAACAUGCCCGGCGCGCUCGUGACGUGGCAGAUGCUCCUCGAUGUCAAGUUCCCCUACCAUUUGCUCAUCCUGCAGUUCGGCGCCUUCGUCACCACCACGGGCCUAACCCAUCUGUUGGAGCUGUUCUCAUACGGCCAUCUGCCGCGAUUCCUGCUGCUGGGCAUCACGGCGUGCAAGCUGCUCUCCGCGCUCAUCAGCUGCUGCACCGUGCUGCAGCUGGGGCUGGAGCUGAGCGAUAUCGCCAUGGUGCACGAGAGGACUGUGCAGCUCAAGAGCAAGACGGAGGAGAGCAACAAGGAGGUGACGCGGCUGAUGGAGGCGCACGAGGUGGAGCAGCAGCUGCGGCUGAUAGGCCAGCGCAUCCGCAGCACGUUGGACCGCGGGGUCAUCAUCAGCACCGCGCUGCUCGAGCUGCGCGACCUGCUGGGCCUCGAGAACGCCGCGCUCUGGCUGCCAGCCCCUAACGGGCGGUCCCUGGAGCUGACGAAUGAGUGCGAGCACAGAGUGAAUCCCAUGCUCACACUCGUGCCGCUCAAGGACAAGGUCGUCUCGCAGGUGAUAGCCAACCGCGCAGCCAUGAUCAUCCCAUCAUCCUGCCAGCUUGUCGAGUGCUCCGCACUGCCGCCCCCACUAGGCUUGGGCCGAACCAUUGAGGGAGGCGCUGCUGCUGUGCCGGUGACACUGGCAGACCCAGCCACGCCGGGAGCAAGGAGCCCUCAGGACGCGGCCUCCAUGGAGUAUGGCGUGCUCGUGCUGCUGCUGCCGGGGGAGGUCGCGGAGAAGGGCAAGGGGGGCGCAGGCGGAGGCGGAGGGGCGGGUGGAGGGGGAGGGGGAGGCGGAGGGGGAGAGGGCGGGUUGAAGAAGUUCCGCCAAGAGGUGCUGGAGAAGGUGGAUACGGUUGCUGAGCAGCUGGCAGUGGCGCUGCGGCAUGCGGGGGUGCUGGAGGCGAGCCGGCAGGCACACGAGGUGUUGCUGGAGGAGGGCGAGCAGCUCAAGCAGGCCAACCUGGAGGGCAAAUCCGCUGUCAAGGCGCGAGACAACUUCCUGCAGGUGCGUACUGGACAGGUGCCAUAUGCGGCAGGCAGGUGCCAUCUGCGGCAGGUGCCAUCUGCGGCAGGUGCCAUCUGCGGCAGGCGCUAUCUGCGGCAGGUGUCGUCUGAGACAGUGAUGAACGCCAAGAUGAGCACGCAAAUGCACCCUGUCACCGUGCUCUCCCAUGUCCCCGUGAUGAACGCCAAGAUGCGGACGCCAAUGCACUCCAUCACGGCGCUCUCAUCUCUUCUCGCCGAGUCGGAUCUGAACGACGAGCAGCGCUCCAUGGCGGAAACCGUCGCCUUCUCUUCAACCCUCCUCGCCUCGCUGCUGUACGACAUCCUCGAGUUCUGGCGCCUGGAGGAGGACAACAUGAAGCUCGUGCUCGGCCCCGAGCAGUUCGAGCUGCCGGCUCUGGUUACCGAGGCGGAGACGUUAUCAUCCCCCAUCGCCAAGGACAAGGGCAUCAUGCUGACUUUCAAGGCGGAUCCGAACUUGCCGGAGAGUGUGAUCGGGGACGGCAACAGGCUGCUGCAGGUCCUACUGAACGUGAUAAACAACGCCAUCAAGUACACAAACACGGGCACCAUCACCGUGACCGUGGCCCCCGAGCGCAUGGAGUGGGCGCGCGACGGCUUUGUGCUCAAGGCGGAGGCGGGCCACACGUUCAUCCGCUUCGAAGUCAAGGACUCGGGCGUGGACCUUCAAGCUGCGGAUAUUCCGAAGCUGUUUGACAAGUUCCAGGAAGAUGAGACCAAGGGCAGCAGGACUGGAUUGGGGUUGGCGCUCUCCCGCAAGUUCGUGCAGCUGAUGAACGGGCACAUAUGGAUGGAGAGCAACGGGCGGGGCAAGGGAGCGACAUGCAAGUUCCUGGCCAUGCUCAAACUGGACGCCGAGGGCAGCGACCGCAGCGACGAGGACGAGGACGAGGGGCCUGACGUCAACUUCUUUGCUUUGCGGAUCAUGGUGGUGGAUGACAACAUGGUGAAUCGACUGGUCACAAAGCGUCUUCUGGAUCGCAUCGGCAUCUCAACGCGUGUGGUGGAGUCGGGCAAGGAGUGCCUGCGCAUCCUGGCGGAGGAGCAGGACGAGGAGAAGUACGAUGUGCUGCUGCUCGACCUCAUGAUGCCCGAGAUGGACGGGUACACAGUGGCAAACAAGAUCCGCACAGAGCUCAAGGCAGAGCUGCGGCCGAUGAUAGUGGCGCUGACAGCCAAUGCGGACGAGACCACCAAGGACCAGUGCCUGCGCCACGGCAUGGCCGGCAUGAUCACCAAACCCAUCUCGCUCAACGCGCUUCGUGAUGUGCUCGGGAAAAUGCUGGACCAGAACGCGCGGAAUAACUGA